CAUUUUUAUUAAUGUGAAUUGAAUAUAAUUACACUUUAUCAACGAGGCCGUGGCCGAGGCCGUAGAGUAUCCCAGAAAUCUCCAAAAAAACACGGCGAUUUUAUAACUGGAACUGGAAGAUCUAGAUUCUAGGCGCUAAACAUUCAUCUCUGAUUUCCUCUUUUGAUUCAACCUUUACAGCAACACAAAUGGAGAAGAUGCGCCAAUGGGGCAGCCAGCCCGGCGGUUCAUCCCCGGCGCGUGCCCACCACUCUCGCUCCUCCUCCGCCACCGGCAUUUCCAGCAUCAAGCGCACUCAGAACUUCGCCGCCAAAGCUGCCGCUCAGCGCCUGGCUCAGGUCAUGGCUUCGCAGGCCGCCUCCGCCGACGAUGACGAUGAGGACGACGCUGGCGUCGGAGACAAUGAUGCUGAUUUCGGACUCCGAUUCAAUCCUCCUCUUCCGCUAUCUCUCUCCAGGCCGCCUCUUAACAUUAAUGGAGCUACCAACGGCACUGGCGGCGUCAAGCCGUUGGUUCCGCCUCCUAAGAUUAUUAGAUCUUCCUCCGAUGCGGUUACUCGAGACUUAUUGGAAAUUCAACCACCACGAUCAACUUCAACAGGAAGGCCAUCAAUGUCAACUAGAACAGUGCCGGCUGUACCUCCUAGUAGGCCUUCUGUGAAAACUCCUACACCUAUUCCGGCAAUUGAUCCUCCUAGCAGCCGGCAGAGAGAAAAGAAAUUCUCACCAGAUAUAGGACAACAAAAUCUGAGAGAUGCUGGAGAUGGGCGUGCUUCUUCUGCACUUCGUGAUGAACUCGAUAUGCUGCAAGAAGAAAAUGAAAAUAUUGUUGAGAAGCUCAGACUUGCAGAGGAGAGUUGGGAAGCAGCUGAAGCAAGAGUUAAGGAGCUUGAGAAACAGGUAGCUGCUCUUGGAGAAGGAGUUUCUUUGGAAGCUAAACUUUUGAGCAGAAAGGAAGCAGCAUUGCGUCAAAGAGAGGCUGCUCUUAAAGAGGCUAGGCGUGCAAAAGAUGAUGUGGAAGUGUCAUCAUUGCAAUCUGAUAUUAAGCUGGCAAAAAAAGAGUCUGCGGCUGUUGUUGAACAACUGCGUGGAACUGAGUCUGAAGUUAAAGCUCUUCGCUCAAUGACACAAAGAAUUGUUUUGACCCAACAUGAAAUGGAAGAUGUUGUUCUUAAAAGGUGCUGGCUGGCUAGAUAUUGGGGCUUAGCUGCUAAACUUGGCAUCUGUGCUGAUAUUGCUGCGUCAAAGCAUGAAUACUGGUCGUCUUUGGCACCUCUUCCUUUGGAGAUUGUCCUAUCCGCUGGACAGAAGGCUAAGGAAGAACGUUGGGAUAAAGGUCAUAACAACUCGCAAAGAAGCAAACUUGUUGAAGAUUUUGAUCUUACUGGAGAUGGAAACAUUGAGAGCACCCUAGCAGUUGAAAUGGGCUUAAGAGAACUUGCUUCUUUGAAGGUUGAAGAAUCUGUUGUUCUUGCGUUUGCUCAUCAAAGAAGACAUAACUCCACUACGAAUUCGAUUCCAGAUUUGAGGUCACCAAUUGAUCCGAAGUAUACGGAAGCAUUCGAACUGAGAGCAGAGGAAUCUGAGGAUGUACUCUUCAAAGAGGCAUGGCUUACAUACUUUUGGAGAAGAGCUAAAGCUUAUGGUAUAGAGGAAGAGAAAGCUAAGAAGAGACUUGAGUUCUGGAUCAGCCGUAGUGGGAAAGCACCAACUUCGCACGAUGCCUUUAACGUGGAGCAAAGUCUAAUUGAGCUGCGGAAAUUGGCAAUCGAGCCGAGACUGUGGGAAGCAUCGCGCAAGGAACUAGAGCAGGAUGCCUCCCUUCUUAACGGACCAGAAUCUGCUGCUGCGUAGCGUAACAUAUCACAACACGUUAGAUGGUGUAAAUUGUAUCAGUGAGAUGCUUUUGGCUGAUGUAAAUACGAGGCAUUUUCUAGUCAUAUAUGGAUGUUAUAUUCUGUUUACAUAAAACUAGUUGGAUCUUUUUAUUCGAAUAUAUAUAUAUAUAUCAAUUUAAUUCUGGGGAAAA